CAAAGCGACGGCAGCAGUCACAGAGGGAGAGGCAGGGAAGCAUGUUUAUGAACGAGGGAGAGGAGCGGAGUCAGAGGAAGGCAGAGAGAUGCAAUGCUCCAGAGUCUGAGAGGCUGUCUGCUGCAAAACUCUUCUCUCAUUAAACGGCUCGUUGUGUUUCGGGAAGAUCAAGGCAUUGAUGCAUUGCGGGAGCUCGGGAUGCAGUUAGUUCACCUGAGACUCAAGUCUACGGCCAACGACCAAUUUGGACCUCUUGGGAUUAUCACCAACUAAGAAAGCUUUCUCAAAGGAUCUGACAGCUGUACAAACCAAAAGUCGACAGCCUCUGUUGCGUCGCACAAAUUUACCAUAUGCCUCAGAGAAAGAGAUUCUCCAAGAUUUAAGGUGUCGACUUUUACAGCUCACCCUGGAGCCCCAAAAGGCCACCACCAAGCCGUGCCAUUCGACAAGGAGUACUGGAGCCGGCGCGACCUUGGAGCAAUCGUCACCUGAAUCCACCGUGGAGGCACCGAGCAUGUCUCAGUCCAGGGGGCGCUUACACAAUAAAAAAGCCGGCAUUCGGGCUGCAGUGAUCCUGAUUGGACUCCUGCACAAGUCUCGUAAAGCCAAGGAGAAGGAGAAAGAAGAGAGUGAAGGGAAACAGGAACUGUUGAACAUCUCCAGCGUCCCUCUUGGAGAAUGUCCCCCAUCACCACCCCGCACCGCUCCCCCCAGCAUGAAGUCUGCAGAAUUCUUCGAUAUGCUGGAGAGAAUGCAGGUCCCUAAAGUUGAAGAGACCAAAAAAUGGAAGGAUGACUAUAUUCCCUACCCACGGAUAGAAGAUGUCCUAGAGAAAGGUGGCCCGUUUCCCCAGGUAAUCUUGCCGCAGUUUGGUGGCUACUGGAUUGAGGAUGUGGAGGCGCCAGCCGGGACACCCUCCUCUUCAGAGUCCAGUUUCUGUGAAGAAGAGGUUGGUGGAGAAGGCAUGAGUCCCGGUGAGGGACACAGCUACCGUCUGGAGUGCAACAGCACAGCCAGAGCCUACAGUAAACACUUCCUGGGCAAGGAGCACAUGAACUAUUACUGCACUGGCAGCAACAAAGGCAACCUCAUCAUGUCUCUGAAAUAUGAAGAGAUUGAAGGCCAAGAAUUAUUGCGCAUCAUGCUCAGGUCAAGGACCAAAACUGUCCAUGAUAGGAUAUCCUUAGCAGGCAUUAACCAGCUUCCCAGUGUACCUCAGAUUGCCAAACUUCUGUGUGACGAUGCCACAGGAUUAAAGUUCAACCCAGUUCUUUACCCUCGAGGAUCUCAGUUGAUUGUAGCUUUCGAUGAGCAUGAGGUCAACAACACCUUCAAAUUUGGGGUGAUCUACCAACAAUUUGGACAGACAUCUGAAGAAGAGUUGUUUGGGAACAAUGAAGAGACUCCAGCUUUCAAGGAGUUUCUUAGUAUACUGGGUGACAACAUUGAACUUCAGGACUUUAAGGGAUUUCGUGGCGGGCUGGAUGUGUCCCAUGGACAGACUGGAACUGAAUCCGUCUACACAAUGUUCAGACAACGGGAGAUUAUGUUCCAUGUGUCAACCAAACUCCCUUUCACUGAUGGCGAUGUCCAGCAGCUUCAGAGGAAAAGGCACAUAGGAAAUGAUAUUGUGGCAGCAGUUUUUCAAGAAGAGUCUACACCCUUUGUUCCUGACAUCAUUGCCUCCAACUUUCUCCAUGCCUACGUGCUGGUCCAGGUUGAGAACCCGUGCACGGAGAACACAACGUACAAGGUAUCUGUGACUGCUAGAGAGGAUGUACCUCCCUUUGGACCCCCUCUCCCGAAUCCAGCUGUCUUUAAAAAGGGCCCCGAGUUCCGAGACUUCCUUUUGACAAAGCUGAUCAAUGCGGAAAAUGCCUGUUACAAAUCUGAUAAGUUUGCCAAACUCGAGGGUCGAACACGAGCUGCAUUGCUUGACAACCUCCACGAUGAGCUUCACCGACAAAGUCAGGCCGCUCUGGGUCUAAACCAAGCAGAAGAAGAGGACAAGCUGGAGAAUGGUGGACAUGGAGGUCUGCUGGAGUCAUUCAAGAGGGCCAUGCGUGUGAGAAGUCACUCAAUGGAGACUGUGGUAGGGUCAAAUCGUCUUCGGAGCCCCGGCGGUGGAGGGGGGGUGCCAGCCAGUUUAAGUGGAGGAGCAAUGCCACAGAGCACCAGUGAAUGUACCAAGAGCACCUACAAUCCUCCAGCAUUGUCAACCAAAUCUUCCAUAAAGAGCCCAGUAAAAAGACGAUCUGGACUCUUCCCUCGACUCCACUCCAGCAUUGAAACUCAAUCCGAAAAAUGCAAUCGAAGUGACCAAAAGGCAACAGAGAUCUGCUCACUGUCCCAGGAAGUCAGGUCGGAGACAUUAUCCAACCCCAGUUCACCUGAGAUCUGCCCUAACAAAGAAAGGCCUUUCAUUAAACUGAAGGACAACACGGGCAGCAAGCUGAACAUCUCUCGGUCUUCAUCAAGCACUAGCAGUUUUAGCAGCAUUACAGGAGAUCCAGAAGCUUUGGAAGACCUAGAGAUAGCCAGUCAUCCCUCCAUAGCAUCAUCCUCUGCCUUCAGCCCUUCAAUCAGCAUCGACAGUCCCGUCUCAGGAACUCCCAUCAUCAUGUCCCGCAGUUCCACAGAUGGGAAGAAUAAGACAUCACCGAGGUCUAACUUGAAGUUCAAAUUUGACAAAAUCAGCCACUCAUCCACAAAUUCAGAGUAACUUGAUGACCAGCCUCGAGAGGGCCCACGUGGGUUGAAUUGAGCUGUGCAAAACAACAACUUCAAAACCAAAUCAUUGUAGAACCACGUCGCUAAGCCACGGGUGAUCCGGCAAGACUCGCAAGAGCACCAGAGUCCCUUAAAAUAACUCUCAAUACUGUGAGUGUAUAGGGCAGAACUGUAUUGUUGGGGUUCUUUUUGACAGACUUUUGGUGGACAGAAAAUAGUUGAUGUUUUACAGACGCUCGCGCAUUUUUGUGGUAAAAUGUUCAUAUCAUUAACAAACCCUGACCAGGCUGUGAUACUGCGAGUGUCGGUGAGCUCGACUCUCCAAAGCUUUUAACAAGUUGUAGUCUGUGUUAGCUGAAGAAUGUACCCAGAUUUAAUGGGAACAUGAGUUAAAAGCUUAGUAAAGGUUUUACUUUUUAGCUUGUCAGCUGCUGGCCAGUUAGGAAGUUAAAGCGCCUGUAAAUGGUCUGGAAACAGAUCCUGUUAAAGUAAAACCAUACUACUUGUGAAGUAUUGGAAGUCUAACGUAUAUUAGUGUUGGAUUAGAGUUUGUCAUGUGUAUGAAAAUUGUUUUUUUUGUAUGGCGUAAUCUUUUGUCACCUUGCUAGGUGCUGCACUAUGAAUGCUGCUGGAAUUCAGUCAACCCAUGUAAUAGUAUUUCUGUUUUUGUCAGGAUGUCAAAUUCCAAAUUUGAUGUGCUUGUUUUGAUGAAAAAUUAUGUGCAGUACAUGGUACUGCAUGAAUAUUUCACCAAGAUUUUAUUUUCUUCUUAUACUUUAGCGGUGUAUUACUUUCAUUUCGUGUCAGGGCAAAAUUACCGCACAUUGUUUUUUUUUCUAAACAGACUUUCGUACUUCAGUAUGCUAAACAAAAACAUUUCACCUCCUAGAGAGGCUUGCUAGAUCACCCACGUGUGUACUCUGUGUAUGAUAAAUAUUUUCUUGUCAUGACUUGAUGACUUGAAAAGACUGAAUUACCUUUAAACCAGUUCUGGCAAAAACACACUGAAUGUGAACUUGAAAUUGUUGUUGCUGCUUUUUGUAUGCCGUCCAUUAGAUGUACAAUGCAAAGGUACAGUAGUUGCAUACAUGCACAGAAAGGCUAGACUAGUUUAAAAUAUGGCAUGAUGGUCUCAAUUUGACAAAAGGGAGUGAUGAAAAAAAUGAAUAUCCAUACUGGCUAGGAUUAUUGUAAUUCUAGUUGUGAAGAAACGUUCCUUUGACAGAAUAUUUUUUUUAGAAAUCAUUUUUAUUUAUAAACUGAGGGGGAAAUGGAUUUUUAAUGAUUAUCUGGAGAAAAGAGAAUAGGCACAAAUAAGAAUGGAUACAAGUUAGAAUAGUAUUUGUCAUUGAGUUUGCAGCAGCCUUAAUGCCUUGCAUCCCUUUCACUGUCAUAUUAAUUAAUUUAUUCAAAGAUAUUUUUUGAGCAAUGUAUAAAACUAACGGAAGGGUACAAAAGCAAAUGAAAUGACAUGAUGGGAGAAGAUAUAUGAAUUUCAAAGCUGUCUAAAGAUGUAAAUGUAUAUUUCAUUACGUAAUGUGCUGCUGGAAAAUUUAUUCAACAAAUAAAAUGUAUUUUGUGUGA